AUGAAUUGGCGAGACUCGGAAGGGCCUCCUUCGAAGAGAAGGAGAUUCUUUUCAGACCCGGAAGACGAAAAUGGCAGCAUUCCGUCGACAACGGCCGCGCCCACCACAAGAUCGCCGCUAGAACCCCGAGGCGAUGUCACGAACCGAGGAGCAGGAGUAGGCAUAGCGGAUACGCCUUCUGCCGCCGCCGCAGCUGUACCAACGUCAAAGACACCGGUAUUCGACCAAGCGACGUUCGAAGCAUUCAUUGGUGACAAGGUGCCCGAAGAAAUCCUUGCGAUUCUACGAGAAAAAUGCGGUACCAAUCUCGAGGCUGCUGUCAAUAUGUACUUCGAUGGAACGUGGAAAAAGUACAAAAAGACUGCGAACGCGUCUGCAACACAGUCUACACUGGACCGAAUUGGCGGCUCCCGCUCGUCUUCCAGCACCACAACUCAAGUUCAAGUGCCGAUCGUCCCUAGCCCAACCCAAGUCCUGCAAGCCAUGCCCGAAUCGCAAUACAUUGGUGCGUUUGGUGCAGAGGGCUGGGCGACUAGAAGUGGAACAAAUCUCCUGAAACAUGGGGAUCUUGUCAGGCUUGAACGCCAGAAAUUACAAAACCAACGCUUGGGCUCUGGAAAACUACGUGUGGAUGUCAUUGUGCGGUUUACAGACUCGAAAGGCCUCGAAAUAGGCCGACUUGCCAAAGAAGCCGCAAAUUGGAUUUCCGCACUCAUAGAUCAGAACGUAUGCAGAUUUGAGGGCACUUGUGUCUACGCCCCCGAAAGGCUACGGACCAACGAUACAGUCUUCUUGCAGCUGCGUUGCUUUAUCAAAACGGCUGUUUUCGAGUCAAGGCGACCCGCAACUGCAGACAACCGAAGUACAGGUCUCUUCGAGGUUGCGGAGACCGUCGAGGAGCGAGACCUUCGACUACGACAGAUCGCGCUGGUCAAACUCUUUCAAGAGAUCAACCUCGAGCCGAGCAGAGCUGCUGCCAAGCACAACCGGCAAGGUCUAUUGACUGCUGCUGAGACAGCCGAGGAAAGGGAGAAACAGGCGGCCAAGACCCAGAAAACCAACGGCGACCCUGCAUCAUCGCCGCCAUCUGAUGAAGCUGAAGAUGGUGCCGAACUUGAGCAGGAUCAGCUAGACGCACUAUACAAAAAAGCCCAGUCGUUUGACUUCAGUACUCCCGAGGCUGAGCCACCAGACACGUUUGCAAUGACAUUGCGCCCUUACCAAAAACAGUCUUUGCAUUGGAUGUUGUCCAAGGAGAAGGACCUCAAGAAUGAGUCGAGAGAAGCGUCCAUGCAUCCACUUUGGGAGGAGUACAGAUGGCCAGCCAAGGACGUGGACGACAAGGACGUCCCUCAGAUCAAGGAUCACCCUGCCUUUUACGUCAACCCUUACUCUGGAGAAAUGUCACUAGAGUUUCCAGUGCAAGAACAACACUGUCUUGGUGGCAUCCUGGCUGACGAAAUGGGUCUGGGCAAAACAAUCCAGAUGCUCAGCCUUAUACAUUCACACAAGUAUGAGAGGCAACCAGGUGAAUCUGUUACACAAAGUAUCGACGGGCCUGCUGAGUUGAUGUCAAGGUCAAACGGUCCUCUCCAAAACAGCAAGACAACACUUGUGAUCGCCCCAAUGUCUCUCCUUGCGCAGUGGCAGAGCGAAGCCGAAAACGCUUCCAAAGAGGGUACCUUGAAAUCCAUAGUGUACUACGGAACCGAAAAGAGUACCAACUUGCAAUCGCUUUGUACCAGUACUGCUGCCCCCGAUGUCAUCGUGACAAGCUAUGGCGUGGUCUUGUCUGAAUACAAUCAAUAUAGCGGGAAGAACGGCAACGCAAAUCCUCACAACGGCCUCUUCUCCUUCAAAUUCUUUCGUGUCAUUUUGGACGAGGGCCACAACAUCAAGAAUCGCCAGGCAAAGACAUCUAGGGCAUGUUACGCGCUUUUGGCUGAGCAUCGUUGGGUGCUGACUGGAACGCCCAUCGUGAAUCGUCUCGAGGACCUGUUCAGUCUCGUGAGAUUUCUCAAAGUGGAGCCAUGGAAUAACUUUUCCUUCUGGAGAACGUUCAUCACCGUCCCGUUCGAGUCAAAGGACUUUAUGCGUGCACUAGAUGUCGUACAAACUGUCCUGGAGCCGUUGGUGAUGAGAAGAACCAAGGAUAUGAAGACACCAGACGGCCAACCACUCGUGCCUCUGCCCCCAAAGACGGUCGAACUAGUCAGCAUUGAGCUCUCCAAGCAGGAGCGGGACGUGUAUGAACAUAUCUUUAACCGUGCCAAACGGACAUUUUCUGCCAACGUGGAAAAAGGUACUGUGAUGAAAGCCUACACCACCAUCUUUGCCCAGAUUUUGCGACUACGCCAGUCCUGCUGUCACCCUAUUCUUGUACGCAACCAAGAGGUCGUCGCUGAUGAAGACAUGGCCGGCGCCGAAGCCGACGCUGCUGCGGGUCUCGCGGACGACAUGGACCUUGAUACUUUGAUGGAAUCUUUCAAGGCAACUAUUGGCGACGAAAAGAAUGCCAAUGCCUAUGGUGCCCAUGUUUUGGAGCAAAUUCGGAACGAGGCUGCUCAUGAGUGUCCAAUCUGCUCCGAGGAACCCAUGAUCGAACACACCGUCACAGGGUGUUGGCACUCGGCAUGCAAGAAAUGCUUGCUAGACUAUAUCAAGCACCAUACCGACAAGGGUGACCUUCCGCGAUGCUUCAACUGUCGCGAGCCGAUCAAUAAUCGCGAUUUGUUCCAGGUAAUUCGUCACGAUGACGACCCCGAUACCCGAUCAUCUACCCCAAAGGUCAGUCUGCAACGGCUUGGUGUCAAUGAGUCAUCGUCCAAGGUCGUUUCUUUGAUCAAGCAUUUGAGAGAACUACGGAAAGAACACCCAUAUAUGAAGUCGGUAGUGUUUAGUCAGUUCACCUCAUUCAUGACUCUCAUGGAGCCUGCUUUGACAAGGGCAAACAUGAGAUUUCUGCGUCUUGAUGGAUCCAUGUCCCAAAAGGCACGUGCCGCAGUUCUUGAAGAGUUUCGCAACUCUGACCGAUUCACCAUUUUCCUGAUCAGUCUCAAGUCUGGUGGCGUGGGCCUCAAUCUGACGCAGGCCAAGCGGGUUUUCAUGAUGGAUCCGUGGUGGAGUUUUGCUGUAGAGGCGCAGGCCAUUGACCGUGUGCACCGCAUGGGCCAAGACGAUGAGGUCAAGGUGUAUCGCUUCAUUAUCAAAGACAGCGUGGAAGAGAGGAUGCUGAAGAUUCAAGACCGAAAGAAGUUCAUCGCCACAUCGCUUGGCAUGAUGUCUGACGAGGAGAAGCGUCUCCAGCGGAUUGAGGAUAUUAAGGACCUGCUCAGUUAA